AUGCUACGGCCCCGGGCGGGUGGAAGAGGCAGCGGCGUGGUGGGGGACCCGGCCGGCUCCGCUCGGCGCCGCCCCCGCUCCCGGCUCCCGCAUGUGUCGCUGCGGCUGGGACCCCCUCCCUACACGUUGGGGGUCCCUCGCCCCGCGCCCCGGGACGAGACAGAAGCUCCGGCCCUUCCUCAGCGUCUUCUCACCGCAGAGCAGCUGACUAGUCCCGGCCCGAGCAACCGCUCCCCUCACCCCCUCCCUUUUCUAUCCGCCAGGACGUUUCCUCCGCUGGCCUUUUUUUUUUUCCCCUUUCUAACCACCCCGCCCUGGGUGACUCUGGCGCGCUCUGAUGACGAUCAAAGGGAAGAGGAAGUCGGGGCCCCGCGAGCGGGUGGGUGCGCCUCGGGCCGCGGGACUAGCUGCCGCUGCCGCCGCCUCUACGGCCGCGUCAGAAUUGAAGAGAGGAAGGGGAGGAGCCGAGUGGAGCCUAAGCUGCCGCCUGAUCUUAGCCCUGACCCCACGGCGGCGGGCAGAGCUUGCUCUGUAGCGUUUUCCUUCAGGGCAGGUGGUGGCUGCUCCUUUGGGAGCAUGGAGGAAGCCCAGGCCGCGCGACCGUCCUCGGGCGCGCACCACCCGAAGGUGAGGCAUUUAGCCCCAAAUGGGCCUUCGAAAACCCAGGCUGAGCGAGAACUUGCCCUACAGCCUGAUCCGCUGCACCUGCUCCAGGGAGCGAGCGCCCCACCCUUCCCGUGGUGUGGGGCGAGACCUAGCACCCGAUAACGUGUGGUCGGGCCGAGCAAGUGUUUGACGAAUGAAUGAAUGCCUCCCUCCGAGGCACUCGCGGAGUUCAGAGGAGUUGACGGAAGUGCAAGCGUUUUGUAAGCUACGUGGUAUUGUAAAGAUGAAAGUGGUAAUACAUCCCUUCUUCUCCCUCCCACCUCUACGAUAGGAAAUAUGGGUGCAGUUUGCGUACGGAGGCACAACCUGAGUGUGUAAAGUGGGGGCGAAGUGUCGAGACGAAGGAAGGGAGCCAUCCUCCCGGAGACUGUGGGAAGAAUUUUUACUUUUUCAGGAGAAGAUGUUAGUGGUGUCUCAAUUUUAGGAACCAUUCUUGCUUGUAUGAAGCUUUGGAGAGCUGAUCUUGGUUGAUAGUAAGUAUCCAUAACCAUCACCAGGAAAUAUUGGCCUGUGUUGCAGGUCUGACUCAAAGGCUCUUUCCUUUCUAAAAUAAAUAUUACUAUUAUGCAGCCUUUCUUACAGAUUUAUCCUGGAAAGUAAAUUCAAAUGAAAACUCAUGAAGUUGAAGGUGUAGUUCUCUAGGAAAAGAAAUUUUGAGAUGAAAGUCUCAGAAUCUGUCUUGGUAAAUACUGUGAGACUGAGAUGAAAGCAGCAGUGAUGAAAGCAAGCAGAUUCCAGAGUUCUUUUGCUGGACCCUGGCACACCCUACCUGCUCUGGAAGCACCAUUAAUGGAUGUUACAAGUCUUUCCACUUAAGAGAAUAAGGAGCAAGCUUUUAUAAUCAGACUUUCGAAGCUCAGGGUUUCUACCAGCACCAUAUGCAAACAGUAGACCAAGGAAACUUCAUUUUUAUUAAAAUGCUGCAGAAAAAUUGAUAGGAGUGGGAAGUGGAUGUCGCAGAAGCAAGAAGAGACUCACAAAGCAGCACUUUCCCAAGUGUCCUUGAUGAGAAGUUCCAAGAGCCAGGUUAACUAUCCUGUUUAAGCUACUGUGGGUAGCUUAAACUGUGGGCAUGAUCGAUGCCCUACCAUGUCCUUCAUGUCCUACCAUGUCCUUCCAAAAAUGACUCACAGGGAAUCUGCCCUCCAAGUCGUAGCCCCACGUGGCUACAAAAUAAAUCUCUACCUGGUUUUGCCCCCUCCCUAAUUUCCUGGUAGAAAUUGAAUGAGUAAAAUGCCCAGAUUUAGGAGAUUUUGUGAAGCUGAACACCUCAGGUUUUAAGUCCUCUGGGGUUUGGAUAAAAAGAAUGCAAAAAUCCUGUGGUGUGGGGCAAAACUUAGCACCCAAUUGUGGUCGGGCUGAGCAAAUGUUUAAUGAAUGAAUAAACUUCUGCAGCCCAGCAGAGUACACCUCCAGAAAAGUGUGUACUGUACCACAUGGGGUUUUUCAGUAGCCUGAUCUGUUUUGUCAGUGGCUCCACCUUAGAACCUUAGUACUGAAAGAGAAGCACUCAGGAGAUCUCUCAUGCACCUACUUAUGAAGUAAUAGCAGCACUAAAACUGGGCAAAAUCCACCCACCUCACCAUCCAGUACUGGAAGAAACUGGAGGAAACAGCUGGAAUUGGCAUCUAGAGAGGAGGAAGUUCAUACAUUUCCAACUUGGUCUGUGUCUCCUUAGUUAUUUUACUUAUUAAUCCAGAGGGGGAAAAAACAGCUAGAUUGUACAAAAUUCCAACAAAUCUGAAAUUUCAGGUAACAGUUCUUUCUCUGCUUUAUCAGUUUGUUUGUGAUAAAGAUCUGCAUACUAUGUUAAAAUAUAACAAAGGGAUAUUUGUGGAGGGUUCUUUUCUCCUGCACUUGAAAGCGUGCUCUUAAGAGAAGCUAUUUUAUCAGUGUAUUAUCAUCCCACAUCAGUGGUUUUUACUGUCAGGGAUUUCAUAAGCUGAAUUAUCUGGUAAAAUUUCUAGAAAUGCCAUCUAAAAAGUCUUCAAUUACUUUUGCAUUUUUAUUGUGAGAUAUACAUUAAAUGCAUACAGCAGUUAUUGGUUUAAUAAGUUGUUAUAAAAGAAACCUGCUUGUGACCAACUUGGUCAACAAAUGGAACAUUGCCAGCAUUCUAGAAGCCCCCCUAGUGACCUUCCUGAGCACAACUCUUUCCCUCUUUUUUAGAGGUAGCCAUUAUUCUAACUUUUGUGAUAAUCAUUUCCUCGCUUUUCUCUAUUGUUUUUUUUUUCAUAAGCAUGCACCCCUAAACAAUAUGUUGUUUCGUUUUGCCCUUUCUGUUGAACUUUAUUAAAUGGAACAACAUAAUGUGUGAUCUGUUUGCUUGCUGCUUUUGCACAACGUCAAAAUCCAUAUUUUGUUCAGCUCGUUCAUAUAGUCGUAAUCUGUUCAUUUUUAAUUGCAGUGUUCCAUUAUAGCAGUAUGCUAUAAUUUAUUUUGCCAUUUUAUUGUUGAUGGACAUCUGGAUUGCUUCCAGUUUGGGACUGUUAAAAGUGCUGCUGUGAAUAUUCUUCAUAUGUGUAUUCCUUCACAUUUAUAUCAGUUUCUGUAUGUUAUAUACCCGAGAGCUGUUUCUAGAGUGUUAUACUCACACCAGCCAUGUAUGUGAGUCCCAUUACCCCCCCACCCUCAGUCCCACUCAGUAUUGUCAAUCCUUUUGCCAGUCUGGUGGAUGUAUAGUUAGUUGUAUGUCAUUAUGGUUUUAACUUGUUAUCUCUGAUUGCUGAUGUUAUUGAGUCCUUUCCACAUAUCAACUAGCCAUUGAAUUCCCUCUUGUGAAGUGACUACUACCUUUUUCAUGCCCAGUAUCUGAGAUGCCAGAUUUCCCAAGAUCCUUUUAUAGUCCACAUUUGAACGAUUUAUUUCAGGUAAGGUAAUGCUACCAAAUGAGUUAUAUUUGGGACAAAUUCUUUCCAAAAUAUAGCUUACUUAAUUAUCUUCUAUGAAUUGGCUUAUAUAAAUUUCUUUAAAAUAGACUCAGGGCACCUGGUUCGCUCAGUUGGUUAAGCAUCUGCCUU